GCUAAAACAGCUGAUUUGUUGAUUUUGUAACGAAAUUUGUUUGGAUAACAAAAAACAAUUUUAAAAAGAAAAACUUUGAUAAAAUGAUGCGGUACGAGGGAAAUGAGAAGCUGGCGGAUGAGUCUUCUUGUGCCGGCGUGCGUGCGGAUCUGAAAAUGUGCCUGCUGGAGAGCGAAUGCUGUCGUCUGGAUAAGAAGACGCCGCGCCAAUGCUUGCAGGACAACAGUGUGCCGCCAGAGUGUCAGGUGCUGCGCAACACCUUCUACGAGUGCAAGCGCUCACUGUUGGACAAUCGGCAACGCUUUCGCGGUCGGAAGGGCUAUUAAGGCGACAAGUUGUAUUUGCUUUAAUUUUUAUUUGUUAACUUAGCGUUUAUUAAAGUGUAAAGCGAAA